UGUUGCCUUUUUCACUUUUUCUUUUAUUUGAUUAACCCCCCCCCCCUCUCUUUUAACAUUUUUUUUAAACAUUUUGUGGCGAUUCCGUUUAGCUGCGUCUCCCCUUUGCGUUAGGUUUCUGCUGACUACACUACGGGCUAUUUUUUACUUUUCCUUAUCCCCAUGUCCUCUCGUUGUUUUCUGUGCCACUGAUUUAAUCAUCGUCGUACCAUCCUCAGCGCUUGCCCUCUCGGCAGCUGAUCUCUUCUGUUUCAUCCCCCCUGGUUCUUCCUCAAAGCAACAUCUCUUCCUCUUGAGCUGGACCUUCUCCCAGUAGAUCUGCACUCGUGUGUGAUGGGAAGGAAAGAGCUGUUUUCUCUUUUUAAAGGUUUGCUGGACUGUAUUUGCCUCUGCUUGAAUCAAAGAAGCCGUGAGGUUUCAGGCGACAAUGAGCGGGACUGUGAAAAUGGUCACCUGAUCUACAAAAGCGGGGACGUCCUCGCUGACAGAUAUGAGAUCGUCCAAACUCUAGGAGAGGGGACUUUUGGGAAAGUGGCGCAGUGUUCAGACCACGGCAGGGGGGGAAGUCAAAUCGCCCUGAAGAUCAUUAAGAACCAGGAGAAAUACAGAGAAGCAGCCAAGCUAGAAAUCAAUGUACUGAGGAGGAUCCGUGAGAAAGAUCCACACCACCAACAAAGCUGCGUGCAGAUGACUGACUGGUUUAUCUACUACGGCCAUGUGUGCAUCUCUUUUGAGCUGUUGUCGCUCAGCACCUUUGACUUCAUGAAAUCAAACAACUUCCUGCCUUAUCCAAUUAACCAGAUCCGACAAAUGGCGAGCCAGAUCUGCCGCGCUGUCCGCUUUCUCCAUGACAACAGGCUGAUUCACACCGACCUGAAGCCGGAGAACAUCCUAUUUGUCAACUCAGACUACUCGCUCGUAUACAACGCUGAGAAGAAGUGCAAUGAAAGGAGAAUAAAUGACACUACAGUAAAGCUGAUCGACUUUGGCAGUGCCACGUUCGACCAUGAACACCACUCUGUCGUCAUCUCCACUCGUCACUACCGAGCCCCAGAGGUCAUACUGGAGUUGGGUUGGAGUCACCCAUGUGAUGUGUGGAGCAUCGGCUGCAUCCUGUUUGAAUACUAUGAAGGGUUCACACUGUUCCAGACUCAUGACAAUAAGGAACAUCUUGCAAUGAUGGAAAGACUACACGGACCAAUUCCCCCAAGAAUGGUUCAUAGGAGCAGAAGGCAGAAAUACUUCCGCCAUGGCCGUCUAGACUGGAACGAGUGCUCCAAGGCUGGACGCUUGGUGAAAUCCAGAUGCAAACCAUUAAGGGAGUACCUGUUAUCACAUGGGACAGAACACCACCAGUUUUUUGAUCUCUUGGAGAGGAUGUUGGAAUACGAGCCCUCAAAACGCAACUCUCUUCCUUCUGCUCUGGAGCAUCCUUUCUUCACACCUCCCCAUCAUACAGCAAGGACUCAGGGCUGGAGGAACAGCUGGGACAUGAGCAAAUGAUCCUGAAUUGCUACCUAGUCCUACGUGGGCCAUACCAGCAGAUUUGCAAGUUUUAGCUCCAUCGCAACAAAUCAAAUAUACAUAUUGAUUUAAAAUUGGAGAGACUGAUUAAAAGGGCUCACUGUGUGAGCAGUGACUUGAUUCACAUAUUUGCAAAUUAAGAGAGCUGGAAUGAGUAUGAGGUAAACUGCAUCGUGCACGGAAACUGAUAAAGAAUAAGCACAUGAGAGGAAUAAUCUGGGUCAGAUGUUUUGGAAAUAAAGUAAGAUAGUUUAGAUAUAUGAGAAGAAAGGAUGAGGAACAUUUUGGCAGAAGGAUGCUGGAGAUGGAGCUGCUAGGCAGGGAAAAAGGACCAAAGAGGGGAUUUCUGGAUGUGGUGGGAGAGGAGAUGCAGUUGGUUGGCGUAACGGAGGAAGAUGCAGAAGGCAGGGUAAGAUGGAAAUGGAUGGUCCCCUGUGGGGAUCCAUGCGGGGAAAAGCUGACAAAGAAGAAAACUAUUUGCAAAGAGAUGAUUGAGUUGGAAGAAGGAAAGAAAAAAAGUAAAAUGGAAAUAGUUUAUAUUUUCAAAAGUAUAAUCUGACUUCCUAAUUUAACUUUUAUAUUAAAAAAGUAUAUUUAUUCAAACAUUUAUAUCAAAAGGACAUAUAAAGCUUCUAUGCUUGCCACUUUUUAAUAUUUUUUGUGACAUCAUUGUCUCAGGCUUCAAUUUGUUCAUCAUGUCAGCUUUUCCAGUAAUUACAACAAUCAGUUUGAAGACUCUUGAAAUGUGGUCUUUAAAGUCCUCUAUGCUUAAACUAGUAAGUGCAGAAUGCUUAUAAAAUUACAAACUGUGAUGCAUUUAGAAUUAAUAUGAUUUUAUCAAUUCAGGAAUGUUUCAUCCUGAAGAUGAUUCACACAUUACAAAAAUGAAUGGAUGGUCUAGUAAAACGCUUCCUUCCCCAUGGUUGAUAGAUGAUGUCACACACGGAUGUAAAAUGAUGAAGUGUACAUUAUUUUUCUUCUGGCAGUUCAGCACUUAACGUUGUACGUUUGAGGCCUGAAUUUCAAUUAAAGAAAAACUGUAAAAACUGGGGUGUUGUUCAGCUUUUGACCAGUGGUGUUUAUGGUCUGCAGACUUGUUGUAUGUACAGCAUAUAUGAGUUGGACUAAAUACGUUUAAACAUGCAAAAACACAGGUACAGCCCACAAGCUAUAUCAUGUCAUAUCAUGUCAUAUAAAUUCUAAAAUGUUUAGGGAAUAUGUUGUCAAAGAAAAGAAAAAGACAAAAAGAUC